CCCCUUUGUCCAGGCUUUUUUUUGAGCGAGCGCCGUCCUAGCCUUUCAGCCAUGUCCGACGAAUCUGAGAACGAGGAAAUCAGUGACCUGUCCAACCCUGACGUCACUACCAAGUAUCGAGCAGCUGGAGAUAUUGUGAACAAGGCGCUCCAGAAGGUCGUGGAAGCCUGUGUGCCCGAUGCUGACGUCGUUAUGCUUUGCGAGAUGGGAGACAAGAUCAUGGAGGAAGAGACUGGAAAGCUGUACAACAAAAAAGAUAAAGAGGGGAAAAAAAUGGAGAAGGGCGUUGCCUUCCCCACCUGCGUCUCUGUGAAUGAGAUUGUCGGUCACUUCUCUCCAUUGCCAGGCGAAUCUAGGUUGCUGAAAGCGGGCGACAUUGCGAAGAUUGACCUGGCAUGCCACAUUGACGGUUUCAUUGCAUCAGCCGCUCACACUAUCAUUGUGGGUGGUGAAAAAGUCACUGACAGAAAAGCAGAUGUCAUCAUGGCUGCUUGGAAUGCAGCAGAGGCAGCCCUCCGCCUAGUGCAGGUUGGCAACAAGAACUCCCAGGUCACUGAAGCUUUUGCAAAGAUCGCCGAGGACUUCAAGGUGAAGCCUAUGCAAGGUGUUCUCUCCCACCAGCUGAAGAAGCACGUGAUUGAUGGAAACCGAACCAUCAUUUGUGCGGAGACACCUGAGGAGAAGGUGGAGGAGUUCGAGUUUGAGCUGAACGAGGUGUAUAGCAUUGACAUUGUUAUGUCCACCGGUGAAGGCCGAGGCAAGGAGACGGAGAUCAGAAAUACUGUCUACAAGAGAGCGGUGGAAAACAUGUACAGUUUAAAGACACAGAAAGCCAGACAGUUCAUCUCAGAGGUGCAGAAGCGCUUCCCUGUGUUGCCCUUCACUCUGCGUGCCAUCGAAGACGAGCAGGUGGCAAGAGUGGGUGUCUCAGAGGCCAGACGGCACGAACUUCUAGAUGAGUAUCCUGUGUUGAAGGAGGCCAACAAUGAGUUUGUGUCACAGUUCAAGUUCACCUUGUUGCUGCUGCCCGGUGGCACUAAAAAGAUUACCGGGUUGUCCUUGGGCUCUCUCCAAGAGCAGGCUGCCUCAAGCUUAUCAGUUGUGGAUGAAGACAUGAAGAAGCUUCUGGCGACCUCGGCAAACCCCAAGAAGGCUAAGAAGAAGAAGGACAAAGGUGAAAAGGGUGAAGCCGCAGAAGAGGGCUAGACACAUCGCACUGCGUAACAGCUCAGCC